AUCGAGGCUGUUUAACCAUCAUCCACCGUUAUUGGGCGCCCUAAUAAAUAAAUAAGUCGCGAGAGGAUCUGCAGCCGAACUGCUGAUGUCAGGCUCUUCAGUGCUGCAUUUCAUACUGCAGGGUGGAUGACGACCGCGAUCUUCUCUGGAUUCACACAUGCGAGCCUGACAAACAACAUGCGGACUGUCGUGAUAAUAUCGGCGCUAGUAUUAUACCUGGCCCCGUUAGGGAACACGGGGAAAAGGGUUUUUAAAUGUCCGUCCUCAUGUAGCUGCUCCAAGGAGUCUAUCAUUUGCGUCGGGUCCUCGAAUGUCCCGCGAUUCAUUCCCAACGAUGUCAGUUCACUGAGUAUUGUGAAUGGGACCUUCUCUGAGGUCAAGGAGGCGAUGUUCUCACACAUGCCGUCCUUACAGUUACUGUUGCUGAACUCCAAUGCCCUCACUACAGUAAGGGAUGAUGCAUUCUCUGGCCUUCCGCACCUUGAGUACCUGUUUAUAGAAAACAACAAGAUUGAGACAACAUCAAAAUACUCUUUCAGGGGACUUAGGGAUUUGACUCAUCUGUCUUUGGCGAACAACAACAUUAAAGCUUUGCCCAGAGAGCUAUUCAUUGAUCUGGAAUCAUUGAUAGAGUUAGACCUGAGGGGCAAUGUUUUUGAGUGUGACUGCCGAGCGAAAUGGUUGAUGAUGUGGCUAAAGAGCACGAAUGCCACUGUAUCAGACGUCCUCUGCGCCGGCCCUGAGGAGAUGAAGGGCAAAAGGCUCAAUGACAUGGCGAGCUUACAUAACGAGUGUAUCUCUACAGAUUUCAUUCCUCUCCACUCUGUGCCUACGGAGUCUUUGUCUGUGGACACCUUCUCCCACAAGAACGACGUGUACGUGGCCAUCGCUGCUCCUAACGCAGAGAGCUGCAUGAUGCUCCAAUGGGACCACAUCGAGAUGAACUUCAGGAGUUAUGACAACAUCACAGGUCAGUCCAUUGUUGGUUGCAAGUCUGUGAUUAUCCAGAACCAGGUCUUUGUCAUUGUUGCUCAACUCUUUGGUGGUUCCCACAUCUAUAAGUUUGAUGAAGACCAAAGCAAGUUCACAAAGUUUCAGGACAUUGAGGUAUCUAAGAUUUCCAAACCGAAUGACAUUGAGGCCUUUCAGAUUGGUAACGACUGGUUCUUCAUCAUCGCUGACAGCUCUAAGGCUGGUCUGUCCACUCUCUACAAAUGGAACGACAAGGGCUUCUACUCCUACCAGUCCCUUCAUGAAUGGUUUCGUGAUACAGAUGCAGAGUUUGUCAAUUUAGAUGGUAAGGCCCAUCUUAUCCUUGCAAGUCGUUCCCAAGUUCCGGUCAUCUAUCAGUGGAGCAGGAGCACUCAGAAAUUUGCUUUGCAGGGUGAGAUCCCUAACAUGGAAGAUGUAGUUGCUGUCAAGGCCUUUUGGAUCAAAGAGGAGCUUUAUCUGGCCAUGACCCGGUACAUCGGUGACUCCAAAGUCUUGCGUUGGACUGCUAAAGAGUUUUCUGAGGUUCAGGCCCUUCCUUCGAGAGGCUCCAUGAUCCUGCAGCCUUUUUCCUUCAAAGAGAGGAACUACCUGGCUCUGGGAAGCGACUACACCUUCUCGCGGAUCUACCUGUGGGAUGCUGAGAAGAAGGUUUUUGAGCGUUUCAAGGAAGUCUACAUCCAGGCUCCACGUUCCUUCACCGUGGUCUCCACUGACCGGAGGGACUUCGUAUUUGCCUCCAGUUUUAAGGGCAACACACAGAUCUAUGAGCAUAUCAUCAUUGAUCUGAGCCUUUGAGUGCUGUUGUGGACACAGUUAUUGAGGCACGUCUGCUCAGCAGCAACCCCUCCUUUGGCAGUUGGACAUUUUUCUGGGCAAUACAAUUAGUGGGUUUUGUAACAAGAGAGGUCUGGGAAGCAAACGUAAUAUGGAAUUAUCAGGUUCAUAGUAAAAUAAGAACAUCAUGCAUCUGUGUUGUUUUACAUAGAUUCUAGGAAGGCCCUGACAUUUUUCUGUUGUACUAUAUUAGAAUUGUUAUAUGUUAUAUAUAACAAUUCCUCAGCCCUGCUGAAUCAGAGCAUUUCUUCCGAAAGUAUGGUGCAAGGACUGCGUAAAAGAGUUGCACUUGUCACAUGUAACAACCUAAAUCACUCCUCCAUAACGAUAUAUACUGUACCUUUGAGAGCCUUUCAUAUCUCUGUAUGCAACCGCUGAUGGCAUGCAUGAUGUGGCUGCAACAACAUUCAAAAAAUACAAUCUUCAGAGCUGGCAUGCAGAUCGACAAGUGAUACAGGUGAAAAAUGCAGUCAUAUUAUCUUUAGAAAUAUUAAGUAAUAUUUUACCUCAUUGUUCACCAUUUAUUGAAAUCAUCUCUUUUGAUGAUCUAAGUUGUAAUGUCAAGUAAUUAGUCAGUUAAAAAGAUUCGCCUUUAUCACAUUUAGCCUAUUAGGAUCUGUUCAGAGUGUAGCAAAUCGAAACUUGCAGAAAUAUUGGUUUAUGUGGUUGGGUGUAUUGAAUUCAAGAAUAAAGCCUUUUGUGAAUUGAAAAAAUAA